CUGAGGAGUGAUGUCACACACAGGAAAUAGGUAGGCCCAUUGUACUCAAAUCUAAAGACGAGGGACUGAGACAUAAGCAAAUGUAAGUUCCUGUGUCGGCUGAGAAAAUGUAUAUAAUCUGAAAUAAAUCCAGUACCGGCAUGACUUCAACAGGCUGCGGCGUUUUGCAGUUUUGGGGACUACUUGCGUCCGCUGUUUUCGUUCUCUCAGCGGGAGUAAGACUGACCAUCACCCCCGUCCAGGGUACUACUCUCAUCAUCAGUCAGAGUUCAGAAGUCAGCAGGAGGUCAGCUUGUACUAUAUGCAAUGGCACAGACUUAAAGCGGACAUGCUCCAGUUCUGGAAUCAUACUGACAAACCCCAAAGCUGCUGAGAGUGUGGAGUUUACAUGCCCCAAACCUGAGGAGGUCUUCACUGUGACGGUGGUCUGGGAAAUUGAGUGUACCAUGAAGUCUUGUAAUGGAGACAUCACCCCCUUCGAGUCUGAUACCGGAACACUUCCACUUCAGAAGUUCAACCGUACCUUCAUCUGGAACCUUAAGGCUCCAGUUUCCAGAGCAUUCCAUCUCAACUUCAACCAGAUGGGGCUGAGACAGAUCCACCCCUCUGAGCAAUGUCCCGACCAACACACAUACACCCUACUGGCCCACCAGGACACAGGGGAGGCUGCCAUUGGAACAUACUGCAGGAAUGGCAGCGUUUCAGGUGCCCAGGUCCUGAACCAGGGAAGGUUUUCCCUGGAGAUCCCUGGAGGAUGGAAACUGAAACCCACUGUUUUCAACGUGUCUGUUGGAGAGGAAAUCAAGUCACUUGCUGUCCUCAAAGUGAUUUUACCGGAAGGGACGUCGUCUUCGAUGUUUCUCUCUCCAAACUAUCCAGACAGUUUUCCUGAUGAUGACCAGGUUGAGUGGGAGUUUAUGGUCCCUCCUAAGCACAACACUACGGUUCUCUUCUUAAAUUCAACCCAGCCACAGUGCCUGAAGAAAGAGCCGGCUGUGGAGUACCAUUAUGGUAACAUGCCUUUUGCAGUGGUGAAAAAGCUGUCGGAUCCCCAGCCUACUCAACGCCGAGAAUCUUUCUCCAUGAUUCUGAGAAACUGUGAGAUGAACAAGAUUGGCAUCAGCUCCAAUGGUCUCUCUGUCCGCUUCCAGGUUUCAGCCAACUUGUGGAGCCUCCCAGUGUUGUGCAACGUGGACCUGAGGAAUGAGCAGGGGCUUACCCUCUAUAUACGGAAGACCAGCCCUAAGUCUAAUUGUGAGCUGAAGCUAAACUCUUUCAUCCAGGAGAAUAUCACUAUUCCCUCAGGGAAGAUCUCCCAGCUGUCCUUCCAGGACUGCCCACGCCAGAAGCUGAUACUUACUGCCAGCAGAAUCAUUGAGUGCCAUCAAUGGAAGGACUGUCCGGCAGCAACAGCUCCUAUCCCUCUGACUGUGCCAGUACUAGAAAGUUGUCUGCCUGCCCAUCUGGCCAAUAUAGAUUGGACCCUCCGCCCCCCUCAGCAAGGCACAGUGGAGCUCCUGCCCCUUAAUGGAAGUCUCAGACAGUCACUGCCUGGACACAAGUGCUAUGGCCCUGACAUUAUAAUCGUGGAUGAUGAAGAACAUGGCACCACUGUUGGACAGUUCUGCCCUCAGGGAGCCAUAAGUAAAAUCCAGGUCCAAACAAAAGUGUCCAUCAAAGCCUCAAUCAAGGGAGGGGAAAACCUCCAGCCUCAUUCGCACUAUUUUCUCAAAAUCUCCUUCACCAAGGAAAUUGGAGAGAGGUACAUCUUCACAGUACGCCCGAAAAGUGGAUUCCCAACAAUUCUGGCCACCCCUAGUUGGCCUAUGGGGAUGAAGUCCUUCUCCACUGUGUCCUGGAUCGUCUCUGUCCCCUCCAACAAGGAGGCCCACCUCCUGUUCACCAACAUCAGCCAACCCAAAUGCAGCAAACAACACACAAGCAUCAGGGUGCAGAGCCUGGGCUCCCUGAAGGAGAUGUACAGCCAACAGGAAGAUAAGAAGGCAGACCGGGAGAUCACCAUCUCAGAGAGUUUCUACCUUAACAUGUCCAACUGCAUGCCGGAGAAAGGAGACUUUAGCGUGCUCACAGAGAUCACACUGCUGCACAAGGACAAGCAUCCGCCCCUGACCAUUAUUCUGAGUGUGGUGGCAGCCAUUGUAGUUCUUAUGGUGGUUGUGUUGGCUGUGAUCUGUAGUGUGAUCAGGAAAAGGAAAGGGCAACUUUCUCAUCAGGUGUCUGUCUACAACCCCAACGGGACCAACUUCCUGCCAGGGCACAAUCGGAGUUACCCCAAAUCAGGACGAGACGAUCAGGACGAGUCCCCCAUCUAUGCCUGCAUUGAUGAAACACUUGUCUACAGCCAUCUCCUACUGGACAGGGUAGAGUUGGGAGUCAGAGACCUGCCUGUAGAUGUGUAUCACAGCUUUACUGGUCCCACGGAGGAUAAUGCCCUCUCUCUGGGGACAGUUGCUGAUAUUCCAGAGGUGGGCAUCUACCAACCUUUUGUCCCUCCAUCUGGCGUUUCCCCACACACUCACAACGGACCUUUAAGUCAAGAGCUAUCUAUGGUGAACAAUGAGCUGUACGGUGGCAUCCAUUCACAGUCUCAACCAGAAAACAUGUUCACAAAGCAGGCUCCAAUGUUGGAGCUGGAAGCUGAGGACUUAAAUGGAGAACAGAGAUGAUUGGGAGAACAGAGAGACCCCUGAUGAAUAGUCUCAUAACACUGAAUUACAAAUGGUUCAAUGACAUAUUGUUCUUUUUCAUAUUUCGAAACAAAGUCAAGUGUUGUAUGGUGACAACUGGUUUUAUGUUGGGAAAUAUCUGUUGGUUAAAGUAAUUAAAUACUUUGAUUGCAUAUUAAAUACAUUCAACCCCCACUUAUUAAUAGAUUGCAAUAACAACUUUUCUUUUGGUAUGUACCAGCUUUCCAGACAGUGUCAAAGUUGGUACAUAUGAAAAUCAGUGAUUUUGUCCAUUUGCAUCAGGCAGGUCAGGUUGGUUCAAUUACAAUUUUGGAUCACAAUUUUCUAAUUGUGACACAGAUUCUUAGUAUGAUUGAGAUCCGGACUUUCUGUAGGCCAUUCACUGUUUUUUUCUUGAGCCACUCCAAUGUUGCUUUGCCUUUUUGCUUGGGAUCCUUGUCAUGCUGAAUGGUAAAUUUGCCUCCAAAUAUGUUUUAUUUUUGGAUCCGGAAGUAGGUUCCUUGUAGGGUUUCCCUGUAU